AUGGCUGAGAGUUCUGUUUCUGCUACUAAGCACCCCUCUGUUUUAGAACACUUUAUUGUCCCUGAAACACUGCCGCCUGGUGACUUUAAGGCUAAAUGUAGGUAUUGUAAGCCAGAGAAAUAUAUCAUUGCUUCAGUAAAGGUCACUACUAACUGGUGGAAACAUCUUAAACGUAGUCAUCCAUCUAAACUUAAGGAAGAAGAAGACCCUCAAAUGACAUUGGAUUACUUAAUUAAAACCCCUGCUAAGAAGUAUGACCCAAAGAACAUUACACAGAUAUCUGGAAAUGAUGCUCUCAUAGAAUUCAUUGCAGGAGAUUUGAUUCCACUUUCUGUCGUGGAUAGCACAAACUUUAAGAAGUUCAUUGAGAUUCUUGAUCCAAAGUACCAAGUACCUAGCCAAAAACAUCUUUCAAAUGUUCUACUAAAGAAGAAGUAUUCUGUAGUUAAAAAUAAGGUAAUAGAGAAAGUAUCAAAGGCCACUACUAUAAACCUUGCAAUUGACCUUUGGUCAAAUCGUCAAAUGAAAUCUUACCUUGGCAUUACAGGUCACUUUAUCUCAAAACAGUGGGAACUAGAGUCUGUCAUGUUGGGAUGUAAUCGGGUAAUAGGAAGACAUACUAGUGACAACAUAUUGUCCUGGUAUGAAGAAGUUGUUGCUGAGUUUCUCCUAAGCACUAAAGUUAGGCAUAUUGUGACUGAUAGCGGGUCAAACAUUAGGAAAGCUUUUUGCAAUUUAGCACUACCAGGAUUCGAUCUCUCUGUACAUGCUGAUGAGGAAGACGAUACUGAUGAUGAAAAUGAGGAUGAUUCUGUCUCUGUCAGUCACUCUCUGGAAAGUAAUGUUGUACUUGAUCACCAUGCAUGUUUUGCUCAUGUGCUACAAUUGGUUAUAAAAGAUGGUUUAGCUAAAAUAGGCCAUAUUGGCACCAUUCUAAAGAAGUGCUCAAAUCUAGUAUCAUUUGUAAGAAAGUCAACUAUAGCAACUGAUGUAUUAAUAGGAGAAGCAAGAUUACAAGCUUCGAAUAUAACAAGAUGGAACUCACAAUUGAAAAUGAUACGUUCCAUUCUGAAAGUUCCUGAUUCUAAGCUUGCUGAAUUAGAAGAUGCCCCUAUUCUUACUGCACAUGAUAGAAAUAUCUUAAACGAUAUGGUAGAAAUACUUACGCCAUUUGAAGAGGCAACAGACACUGUUCAAAUUUCCUGCAUUCCAUCUGCAGGUUAUAUUCUACCAUGUGUUCGUGGAUUAGAUCAUCAUAUGAAAGGAAUGAUUUUGAAGUAUCAUUCUACCUUUGUGCAGGCACUUAAAUCGUCAUUACGAAAACGCAUGGCAUAUUAUGAAGAACAGGAGGCUUACAUUGUAGCAGCUAUACUAGACCCAC